AUGUCUGCACCGACAAGCGAAAAGCUUCCUACUUAUUUUAUUGGCCAUGGCGGGGUUAGCAUCCUCUUCAAGCCGGGCUAUGAGCCCGUUCAUCAGGGUCUGCGCGAGAUGGGAAAGGAAAUUAAAGCCUUGAAGCCGGAUGCGAUUCUCUUGACGUGUGGUCACUUUCAGAGUGAAACGGAUGCUAUACAAGUGAACUUGAAAGAACCGACGAAGGUCUGGCAUGAUCUGGGUCCUUCCUGGUGGACAACAUUCCCCCAUGUCUUCGAGUACCAGUACCCGCACAAGUCGUCUAAAGCUUUGGGAGAGAAAGUGUUGAAGCAUUUGGUGGAUCAGGGGAUCAAGGCGGAGGGUGUUGAGCGCGACCUCGACCAUGGAAUCUGGGUGCCCUUCAAAUUGAUGUUCCCCGAGGGCGAAGACGAACUGGACGUUCCGAUCUUGCAAAUUUCGACUUACGACGGCAACGAUUUCAACGCCCAUAUCCGGCUUGGCGAAGCUCUUUCUUCGUUAGGAGAUCGCAUCCUGAUCAUCGGCUCGGGGAUGAUAUCCCACAAUCUCCGAGCGACACGAGAGCAAUCGAUGGACACGACUGUUGCCAGGUUGAUCGAAGAAGCCGCAUUUGCAGCUCUCGCUGCGCCAACUACACAGGAGAGAGAUGCUCAGUUCCUGGCCUUGCAGCAGCGCGACGAUUGGCCCCUAGCGCAUCCCACCGAGGAACAUGUUUUGCCACUGUAUGUGACAUUGGGUGUUGGGAAAGAUUGGCAAGAUUACAAGGUCUGGAACCACGAUCAGUAUAUUGUAGGGCAGUCCUAUUUCUCUUUUCGACUGGGUGCACUGCCUGAGGUAGAGCCUUAGAUAGUUUGUUGUGUUUGUUGUGUGUGUAUAAAUUCAGUCCAGCAAAUACUAGUAGACGGACACAUCCGCUCUCCUCUCGCGAGAGAACUCGAAUGGCGCUUGAGAUUGCCUCAGGCUGCAUUUUUUGACAGACGGCAUCUUGAAGAUUCCAAACUUCUCCGAGGACUGGGACACGUUCCUUUGUUUCGCUUAGACAAAUCUAGCGCCGUCGGACUUCCGAGUCCAAAUGACGCGACCGCUCACAGACAGUAUCGAUCGAACUCGUUG